AUGGCUUCCGACUUUCCCUACGUGAACAAGAUGACCCCCGAGGGCUACGUUUUUCCGUCUCAAAGGCUGCGCCGAACUUGCGGCGCCGAUAAAACCCCCUUGGUUCUGGUUGCUUGUGGUUCAUUCUCUCCCGUCACAUUCCUCCAUCUGCGCAUGUUUCCCAUGGCGCGCGACCAUGCUCGUGGUGAAGGGUUCGACGUCGUUGGGGGCUAUCUCUCACCGGUGUCAGACGCCUACAAGAAAAAGGGUCUUAUUCCCGCGCACCACCGCAUCCGGAUGUGCGAGCUCGCCGCCGAGAAUUCGUCUAAGUGGUUAAUGGUGGACCCGUGGGAGGCUCAAAGCCCAACAUACAUCCCUACCGCCCGGGUGCUGGACCAUUUUGACUACGAGAUCAACCACGUCAUGGGAGGCAUCGAAUGCACCGAUGGCACUCGCAAACCGGCCAAGAUCGUCUUACUCGCCGGCGCGGACCUGAUCCAGAGUUUCGGAUCCCCCAUCUGGGAAUCCAAAGACAUAGACCACAUCUUGGGCAACUUUGGCGCCUUUGUCAUCGAGCGGGCCGGGACCGAGCUUGACUCGGCGCUGGCAGCGUUGAAGCAAUGGGAGAAAAACAUACACAUUAUUCGGCAGGUUGUAUCAAACGACAUUAGCUCCACCAAGGUCCGAUUACUUUUACGUCGGUCCAUGUCUAUUGAUUACUUAAUUCCCGACGACGUCAUCAAUUACAUAUACGAGCAUAAUUUAUACCGCGAGGUGGACCUCGCCAAUCCCAGCAAUGGGAAGAAUGAGGCCCCCGCGGGAACUUGUACCAGCUGA